CCCUAGUCAGGAAGGUACUCUCUCAAGUCUUAACAAGCAAAUCCCCUCUUCUCUCACUUUCACAUCUCUUUUCAUCUCUUUUUGGUGUUUAGACAAUCCUAGGAAGAAGGGUUUUGCCUUGUAGCUAAGGCCAUGGCUAAGUUUGUUGCUGUCUUCCUCUUGGCUCUCAUUGCCAUUUCCAUGCUCCAAACCUUGGUUGUGGCAUCCCAUGGGCGUGGAGGUCACCACAAUAACAACAAGAACAAAUAUGGACCUGGGAGUCUCAAGAGCUUCCAAUGUCCAUCACAAUGCACGAGGAGGUGUAGCAAGACCCAGUACCAUAAGCCAUGCAUGUUCUUCUGUCAGAAGUGCUGCAAGAAGUGCCUCUGCGUUCCCCCAGGGUAUUAUGGGAAUAAAGCUGUGUGCCCUUGCUACAACAACUGGAAGACCAAGGAAGGAGGGCCUAAGUGCCCUUGAACAAUAAUUAAUUUCCCUUCCCUGGUCUCCUUUUACUAUAUUAUAUGUAUCAAGUGUUAUGCUCUCGGAAUAGCACUAACUAUAUACUAUAUGUUUGGAAAGAUGGACUUGUGUUGUCGUCGGUCUAUCGCUCAAGAAGUCAGUCCUUAGGCCUCCGCAAAUGAAAGCGGCUAAUCUGUUGUUCUAUUAUCAAUGAGAAUUCGUGUUUUUUUUUGUGAGUUCA